GGCAGAAUCCAUUGUCCAUUGUUGGAAGUUGCCAAAUUAGGAAAAAAAAAAUUUUUAAUAAAGCUAUAGAAAACAGCAAUGGCCUUUAGUGAAAGUGAAGUUUGUAGAAUUUGUUUAAGCGUUAAUAUACGCAUGUUUGCACUAAAGGAGACUGGCCUCCAAAAUUUGUAUAAGACAUUGACGAACAGUUUUUUGGAUGAGAUUGAGGGGCCAAUAAUUGUCUGUUUCACCUGUCAUGCAAGACUCAUUCGUUGCAGAAGAUUACAACAACAGGCUAUUGAGUCAAAUGUGGUUCUGGAGCAGUUGCUUUCAGUAGGAUCCAUGGUAUUAUCCAUUCCAUCCAUUAUAACCUAUAAAAGUCCACUGCUGAACAUAGGUCUCACUCAUAGAUUUUGCCAAAUUUGCCACACUUGACAAGUUGGCAACCGUAGUUUAUAUUAGUCUAAGUUGUCAUCAGGAAGAUGCGGCCGCCCUACCUCUGUUUCUGUUUCCUUCUGUUGCCUCUUACGACACCCAUCCCGUGGAUAGGUAUAUAGGAUAGUGUAGGGGUCGGCAACCUGCGGCUCGCGAGCCACAUGCGGCUCUUUGGAUGUGAAACUGCGGCGCUUUAGUUUCAUACGCAAAUAUUAUUUAAUUUAUAAAAAAAAUUAUAAAUCGAUCCAUACUGAGCCAUUUGGGGUUGAUACUGGAUCUCUAGAAAUGCAAUUGAUCGAUUUAAAAAGUAAAGCUUUGUGGAGUUGAAAAUUUACAGAGUUGAUAAGGAAGUUGAAAAGGUUGGAGGUCCAGAAAUGUAUGUACGUAACGCAACAAAAAUGAACGGCUUUAAAAGAAAGGCUGCGAGUUGAGUUAUAUUUGAUGCAUGGAAUAGUCUUCCAGAUACUAUAGUGAGGUGAAGAAGUUGGAAUUUGGAGUGCUGACUAUCUUCGGAUCGACAUAUUCGUGCGAGCAAGCGUUCUCUUGCGUGAAUAUAAUUAAAAGUAAAGUAAGAAGCCAACUAACAAAUGAAAAUUCAGAUUCGUGUUUGAAACUUAAAACAACAAGUUAUUUAAGCCAAAUUUAUCCAAAUUUUCUAAAACCAUGCAAAGCCAAAACUCCCAUUGAAUUUGUUUGCUCAAUUGUUUGUACUUGAAGUAUAAGUUAGUGUUGUGAGACUUACAAUGUAAAUAAAUGUUUGUUUUAAUUUUUUACUUAAAUAAUAAGUGAUUAUCUAAUAAUACCAUAUAAACGUUGCCGACCCUGUGAUAGUGGAUAUUCUUACACCGUCACUGCACAAUCCACUUUUCUAUGCUGCUUCCCAUUGCUAUAUGGGAGAAUGUUUCUAGUGUUCAAAGUUAAGUUUGUCCUUCAAUCCAACUUACUUUUGUUAGAGCAAUAGUACUUAUUUUUACAAAAACAAUUAUCAAACUGUUUAUACUGUUAUAUAUUACCCUAUUGUAUAUAAACAAAUCUCAAUAAACAAAGAUAAAUCUUUGUCAAUUUACAGCUUUCGUGAAUCUGAAUCCAAAAGUUGUUGAGACUCGAUUCUCGGGAUAGAUGAACUAUGUACAUUCUUAUUUAAGUUUACGCUGAACCCUCACUUUUGUCCGGUGUUUAUUAUUAUUUGCAGUUGUUGUCAGGAAGAUGCUGCCCCCCGAUCUCCUGUUUCAGUUUCCCUCUGCCCCUUUUUACGACAUCUGCGGGAUGGCAGGGGUAGUAUGGGUUCUCCUACUCCACCACUAUAGUGGCUUUUUCUCUUAUUUGAAAAAAUUAUUUCCUUUCAGUCAAUACCAAAACCGCAUAAGGUUAGAGGUGAGAUUAAAUUCACACCAAUUUAUCAUAUAGAUAUCUGGCCUGUAGAGUGUGAUAUAGACAAUGAUUGCAAGGACGAAAUUUUUUGCCUUGAUGCCGUUAAAGUUGAGGAAGAGAUUUUCGAAUAUGAGAAUUCCAAAUUUGAAGAAAAUGAGAAUCGUGAAACAGGUAAGAUAUACCCCUUUUCUUGAUAUUAUUAAAAUAAGGUACAAUUUACCUUAUGGCAAGUGGUUACUGUAGCUCAUGGACACAAAAUAAAGAGGGCUUCAUGAAUAAUGUAUUGAUUUACUGAUUUGCCUUUGUCUAAAUUCAUGUCAUGUUCAAAGUUCAGUGCGUGUCAAAAGCACUCUUAUUAAUACAUUUAAAAAAAUAUUUUGACCCUGUAUAAAUGCAGCCAGUAUGUAUGUCAGUACUAGGUGGUGUGACUCCAUGUUUGCCUAGGAGUUGAUCUAUUGGUGCCUGCCCAGAUGGACUCCUCCCUCCUCCUCUUACCUAUUUCUGCCGUCAAAUAGCAGUGCGUGCACUGCUGUGUUCCAUUCUGAUGGGUAUAGAGUCAGAAUAAUCACAGGCUGUGGGUCAUUCCAUUUUAGUUGUGGUAGAGCCAUGCUGCAGCUAUAUUAGUAGUAUAGUUAUAGCACGAAUGGGUUGGCUCGACCGGGAAAGGACCAUGCUCUCACAGAAUACCAGCGUAAAAUAGCAGCUUAACACUGCUGUGUUUCGUAUGGUGAUUGUAGAGAACUGGAUACCUUUUUUACUGGAAAAGAGGGAUUCCAUCGUAGUCCUCAUGGGUGACAAUGCAUCUGCAUUUUGAUUCUUUAUUGAGGACAGAUGUAGAUGUCUAUGGUUCACAGCGACCAUUUACCAUCGUGUGGACUGUGUGCUCGUUUGUCACCCUAUCCUAUAAAAAUUAAAAUUAAAAGAUGAGCGCAUUGCAUCAUUAAAUCUUCAUCAUUACAGCCUUCACAAGUCCACUGCUGAACAUAGGUCUCACCCACGGAAUGCCACAAUGCACAGGAAUCCAUAGCGUUCCUGCAUUUCUUAUAACCAAGUAUGUUUUCAAAAAGGUUCUAACAAUAAAUUAAAGUACCAUCAGUUUUUUUAACGUAGUGUCAAAAAUGUUUAUUAUUUAAAAUGUUAAUUAUAUUUCUUUAAAUUGUAGAAAAUUUUCGUGAAUUUAGUGUCUGUACAAAAAUAUGUCUGAUGACACAGAUACUGAGACUAUGUUUUCUUAGAUUUCUUAUUCAUUACUUAAAUUUAAAAAAAAAACGGACGUUAAUUAAAUUGGCAAUUAUUAGCAAUUAACUGUAAAAAUUUUAGUUUUAUCACC